CUGUCACCGUCGCGUUUUUGCAAAAAAUCCCUCCCCAAAUUCCCGACAUAACCCGCGCUCCUCGUCUUCUCCGGUCGUCUGCCCGCGCUCCUGGCAUAGCCGCGUAGCUCCGCCUGAGCUCCCCUGUUCAGCCCCGGUGCACAACUACCCUGCUCUCCCGUGCAUCCUCCGCCGCCGCCGCAGCUGCCUCCUCCGCCGAUCCCUCCCGCCUCACGAAGCUCCCCUCCCCCCCACUCGCCUGCCUCCCACAGCACCCUUUCACCCCACAAAUCCAUUUUUCUUGCUCUACAGGCUUCUACGGCGUACUCCGGCUCCGGCGAGCCUCCGAUCCAGCACGCAGAUCGCUCGCGCGCCGGGAUGCCGACGCCAUGGAGGACGCCGCUCCACCCCUGCUCUGCUCCGUGCCCCCGACUCCACGGAGGACGCCGCUCCACCCCUGCUCCAGCCGGAAGAGGCAACAGAGGAGGCGGGAGGAAAACAUGGAGUGGUACCAGCAGAGGCAGGAGAGGAGGCGGGAGGAAAACAUGGAGUGGUACCAGCAGAGGCAGUAGCGGACGUGGGAGGCGGCACUCGUCCUCGAAGCUAUGCAGGUGUGCGGCGGCGCUGGGCCUGACGAUGGAUGCCCUGGUCACCUCCGCGGUCAGCGGUGGAGUAGCAACGGCCCGGAACUUGCCCAACUCCCGCACUGGAGUGGGUGGCCGCUGCGGGUGCGAGCAAGGGGCUGGGGACGCGAGCAGCACAACAAGGAGGAGCCGCUCGUCAGCCGUGGAGCCGCCGCCCGUCGAGGUGUCGCCGCCCGUUAGCCGUGGAGCCGCCCAUCAACCGUGGAGCAGGUAAGCAGGGACAGCCCAAAUUGGCAGCCACAGUGCAGGUGGGCGGCGACGCAGGUGGGCCUUCGUCGUCGGCUAAGCCCUACAGCGACUGGGGCGCGCGAUGCCCGUGGGCGACGGUGGCUGGGGCGUGCGGUGCAGCGGCGACGGGAGGUGGAAGAAGCAGACUGGGUUUAUUAGCACCAGUUUUAAAAAGGAUAAGGGGCUUUUUGAAAAAUUACAUUUGAACUAAGCUGAUAACAACUUUUCUCGGAUGGAGGGAGUACAACUCUCAAGUGUUUAGCGAAGUAUAUCUUCAGCAAGAACCCAUUAUAGAACUAUCAUGAGAGUUCUACUACUUAAACCGCCAGACUAAAUUUACCGACGGGCCCAACCUAGAAUUAGGCGGCAUUUCAUUUCAGAGGUGAAAAUACGCCACCUUCCCAGCCACCAAGUUGUCUAGUCACCCCAAGGGUUGGAACCAAACAUGGUUUUAUUGCCAAGGCACCUCUCCUAAAGGGGAAAAUCCUCUACCAGGUUAUCAUGAGAGCCGGCUUAGCAAUAGGCACCCCCUCCCUAGCCGGCUUAGCAAUAGGCACCCCCUCCCUGAUCGGAUCAGCACAGCAAAACGGGCCAAGUAUAUGCCCAUCUUUUCAAAGAUCAGAGCCUUAAUGUCUAAUGGUUUGACCGGAAUUGACCUGGUUCGAUGCUGGGUCGCCUAGAGGAUUAUGCCCUUAAGCCGCCGCUCUGGCUUGAUGUGCGAGUACACCUGUGAUUUAAAAGAUCCAUAGCGCCACUGCCAGAUUCAGCUAACUGAUGAUGACAUCAACGACAUGACCAAGUCUCUGCUGAACGAGAGCUUGGCAGAUUGCAGCAGAACUGGACUAAAUCCUUUCUGCGCUCUUAACAAGCCGCCAGCUGCCGAUUUACCUUUUUGGAGUAAGAAGCUGCAAGAUAAGUCGGCCAAGAAAACCCGGAUGAAUAACAAGGCUCUUGAAAAGCCUGCAAAGAAGAAGACCAACCCUUUUGAACUAUUUGAUUUGGAUGAUAAAGAUGAGUCGGAGGUAAAACUUUACUCCCUUGGCUCAUUUUUUGUACAUCUUAUUGAUAAUGAUCACUAUCAGGAUGAUGCGGAAGGAAGCCGAGCCAAUGUUGAAGAGGUAACUAUCCUUUCCUCCGAUUCUGAAACUCCGAUCAGACAGAAAGGGCAACAGGCGAGCCGGAAAGUAAGGUUUUCUCAUCCUUUAGCUUACUUGGAUCCCAACUUUAUUUUGAAGAAGCAGCAACAUGAAGCUCGCCGUAUGACCUCGAACAUCGGUGGCGGGAUUCUUUCCUCCGACUUACCAAACACGCCGGCUCCUUGCAAGCGCCGACCAGAGGGGACUUCUCAUUCUUCCUCUGGCGACUCAACUGGGACUCAAGUCCCUCUUUUUGAAGACUGUGCCUGGCGCUAUGGCUAAGCCCAGCAAGAAACUAAAGGUUGAUAAGCCGGCCAAAGAUGCUGACCUGGAGAGAAAACCAUAUCUCCAUCAAACUUUUAAGUCUCUCCAUCAAACUUUAGAGGCAACCAUGGAUGAUCCGCCACCAGAACACCUGGUCACCGUGGACCCAUGUAUGUUGACCCGGAACCAGCCAAACCGCCCAGUCCUGCCCACGCUGUUCAAGAAACUGAAGAUGUAACAAUCAUUGGGACGGCUUAUAUAGCUCUAGGCAACCCUACCAUCCUAUCCAAGCACAAUGCAUAAGAAGAAUUCUCUGCUACUGAUAAGGGCAAGCGGAAAUUAGACUUGGAGAGCUAUGCUCAUUUCAAUGCUCAAGAAAUUCAUUCAGGCUAUCGAAACCGCCUUCAUACCAGCCGUGACUUUGAAGCCGGCUUGGUCAACCUCAUGAAGGAGUGUUUUGAGGUAAGCACUGCAAUCUUCCAUAUAAACAUAUCUCUAUCAGCCGCCAAGUCUACUGGAUAUGAGAAUUGAAUAUGUUAUAGAGUUUAAAUAACCUUUAGAGUCUUUCAGUCAUGUCAUGGCACACUCAUUGUAGAAUCAAACAAGUAGCCCCCAAGGGUCGGCUUAAACUGAUAACUUAAGCCAGGCCUUUAAAUAGUGAUGAUCAACUUUGCGCUGUAGCCUCCAAGGGCCGGCUUAAGCUGACAAGCUAAACCGGGACUUCUCACCAUAAUCAUGAAGAAAAUCCAAAUAUGUAUAGGCCCCAUGAUCCGGAUUAAAUCAUAUCAUUUUGUCCGGGUUAUCAUAAAAACUGGCUUUAAAAAGAGCAAUAUGCAUUAGCCCCCAAGUGCCAAGUAAAAUACUUGUAUUGUGCUUGGGACUUCAAAAAUAAUAUGGUCAUAAUACCUUCCACCUUGUUCAUGUUGCAGGCCGAACUAAAUAUGAAGUAAUCCCAAGUCAAAGAUCUGAGGGCCAACAUUCAAACCCAACAAUCUAAGACCGCAAAAGCCAAAUCAGAGCUGAAGACUUCAUUGGAAAAUAUUGAAAAGCUGAAACAAGACUUCAGUGCUGAUAAAACCGUCUGGGAGACCAAGAGGGCAAUUGAGGGAGUCCUGGAUUAGGGGGUCUCCAGACAGCCGGACUAUAUCCUUUGGCCGGACUAUUGGACUAUGAAUAUACAAGAUUGAAGACUUCGUCCCGUGUUCGGAUGAGACUCUCCUUGGCGUGGAAGGCAAGCUAGGCAAUACGGAUAUGUAAA